ACGGCUGGGUGGCUGUGACAUGGCCUGCAGAGCCAACACUGAGCUGAAACCUCAGAGCUUUAAAUUCACAGUUCUCUCUGAGCAGAUAAACAAACUUGAGGAGGACAAAUCUACUUCACAUGUGACAGACUCUGCCUCUGAACCUGAUGCAGUCCCUGAUGCUAUUCUACGGGUUGAAGGAGAGAGUUUUUAUGUCAACCGUCAACGCCUGGCCCUUCAGAGUCCCUACUUCAGGGCGCUGUUUUUUGGCGGUGGCCUGGAGAGCAGCAAAAAGAGAGUGGAGAUCAAGGGUGUGAGUCUGCAGCAUUUUAGGGUUUUGAUGGAAUACAGCAAGACACAAAGUCUGGCUCUGGACAGAGAAAAUGUUCUGGGGAUCCUUGAGACUGCUGAUUUUUUACAACUGGAGCGAGCAAGGCUGCUGUGCUGCAAGUAACUGGAGCGUGAGCUGCAUCUCAGU